AUGCAUGUUAAAGAUUCAGAUCAGCAGCAAAGAUUCCGGUGCCAGCUCGUACAGACCGCGGAUGCACGUAAGGCAAUCGUCACCCUGGCCAAGAAACGGAAAGAUAGUGACACCAUCAGCGCCUUGCGCGAGGCCUUGGAUGUUGGCCGGCGCAGCGAGCUGGAUCAGGCAUAUCAGGAGGGAGGGGCUUUCCUGCGCAGCAUCGGCUUCGAGGCCAAUUCAGAAAUCUCGCGGAUACUGGAUGUUGCCAUGAAUCCAAACUCAUUGUUCGUCACGCUGAGGGAUAAGAAGAGAGCAGGCAAUGCCUCGGCGAGGCGGCUGAAUGUUGAAGAGGACAUGAGGCCCGUGGUGGAGUGCCUGAGAUUGUGCGAUUUGAAUCAGGCACAGAUUGUCAAGGUGAUCUCAGACCACCCAGCAGUCCUGUGCUACAGCCCAGACAAGCGGUUGAAGCCAUUCUUUGAAUACCUGGAAAGCAUUGGCAUCGGCCCUGACAAGGUCGCAAAACGGCCAUCCCUGUUGGGUCUAGAGGUGAAUGCCAGCUUGCGUCGAAUCGUGGAUUACCUGCAGGAAGUGGAGGGCAAGACCACAGAGGAGCUGGCACAGCUGUUAGAAACUAUAUAA